AUGCGGAGACGUUGUAAAUCAAAAAUCCGCCAACAGAACAUACGAAAACAAGUCACCAUAUUAGAGACCUCGCCAGGAAAAACAAAAAGCUGGCCUCCUGCAACACAGCCGGUGGAGAUAAUGCAUACGGGCGAAUGGAAUGUAAACCUUGAUCGCACUUCGGAAGAAGAAAUAAGGUAUGAAAUAGCCGUAUUGAUGUGCGACAGUGAAGCAUUGCCCUCUUCAAAGAAGGCGGAAAUCCCCUGGUGGCCCACCUUACAAAGCUUAUUGGUACUAUGUGGGACGAAGAGAAAGUGUCUGAAGAAUGGGCCAUGUCGACACAUGGCAGUUAGGCACCGAAAGGGUGCUACAGCUGAACGAUUUUUUUUGUCGACAGUAAUCCCUGUCUUCAAAAAGGGUACACGGACGCUAUGCGAAAACUACCGUGGCAUCAGCCUCCCACUGACAGUGCUGGAUUUAUGCACCAACUUAUCAGCUCGCGCGUGCAAUGCGCAGCUACCUAACCCCCCAAUCAUCGGUGAACGAAACUGCGGCAGCUACAACCACUGUACGACGAGUACGCGGUUCUUACAGCUGACAAUGAUGAUGAUGAUGAUGAUAAGACAUCAUUAG